GGAAUCUGGGGACCCGACAGACUGCGAGACCCAGUCUCCGCCCGACCCCAGGGAGGACGCGCGGCUGCUGCGCCUGCCCCACCCGCCACACCUGGGAGCGGUGAGCACCAGGAGAGGCGGGGCGCGGCAAGAGGCUGGCGGGUUGCCGGAGCAGCUUCGCCGAAAGCCAGCCGGACUGGAGCAAGGCGGAGGGGGAGGGUCUCGGGGCAGAGUCGGGCUCCUCCGAGGGAGAGACCCCAGCUGGGGUGGAAAACGGCACAAACCAGCUGCACAGACGCUGGGCGCGGAUCAUGGAGCGGGCCAGCCCCGGCUCCGGGGGGUCGCAGCUGCAGGGGUACCAGAAUUCCGUGGAAGCGUGGCUGGAUGAUCACUGGGACUUUACCUUCUCUUACUUUGUUAGGAAAGCCACCAGAGAAAUGGUCAAUGCCUGGUUCGCUGAGAGAGUCCACACCAUUCCUGUGUGCAAGGAAGGCAUCAGAGGCCACACGGAAUCUUGCUCUUGCCCCUCGCAGCAGAGUCCUCGUGCAGAUAGCAGUGCACCUGGAACACCAACCAGGAAAAUCUCUGCCUCCGAAUUUGACCGGCCUCUUAGACCCAUUGUUGUCAAGGAUUCUGAGGGCACUGUGAGCUUCCUCGCUGACUCAGAAAAGAGGGAACAGAUGCCUCUAACCCCCCGAAGGUUUGAUAAUGAUGAAGGGGACCAGUGCUCAAGACUCUUGGAAUUAGUGAAAGAUAUUUCUAGUCAUUUGGAUGUCACAGCCUUAUGUCACAAAAUUUUCUUGCAUAUUCAUGGACUUAUCUCUGCCGAUCGCUAUUCGCUGUUUCUGGUCUGUGAGGACAGCUCCAAUGACAAGUUUCUUAUCAGCCGCCUGUUUGAUGUUGCAGAAGGUUCAACGCUGGAAGAAGCUUCAAAUAACUGUAUCCGCUUAGAAUGGAACAAAGGCAUUGUGGGACAUGUGGCAGCACUUGGUGAGCCCUUGAACAUCAAAGAUGCUUAUGAGGAUCCUCGGUUCAAUGCAGAAGUUGACCAAAUUACAGGCUACAGGACACAGAGUAUUCUUUGUAUGCCAAUUAAGAAUCAUAGGGAAGAGGUUGUUGGUGUAGCCCAGGCCAUCAACAAGAAAUCGGGAAAUGGUGGGACAUUUACUGAAAAAGAUGAAAAGGACUUUGCUGCUUAUUUGGCAUUUUGUGGUAUUGUUCUUCAUAAUGCUCAACUCUAUGAGACUUCACUGCUGGAGAACAAGAGAAAUCAGGUGCUGCUUGACCUUGCUAGCUUAAUAUUUGAAGAACAACAAUCAUUAGAAGUAAUUCUAAAGAAAAUAGCUGCCACUAUUAUCUCUUUCAUGCAGGUGCAGAAAUGCACCAUUUUCAUAGUGGAUGAAGAUUGCUCCGAUUCUUUUUCUAGUGUGUUUCACAUGGAGUGUGAGGAAUUAGAAAAAUCAUCAGAUACUUUAACAAGGGAACGUGAUGCAAACAGAAUCAAUUACAUGUAUGCUCAGUAUGUCAAAAAUACUAUGGAACCACUUAAUAUCCCAGAUGUCAGUAAGGACAAAAGAUUUCCCUGGACAAAUGAAAACACAGGAAAUGUAAACCAGCAAUGCAUUAGAAGUUUGCUUUGUACGCCUAUAAAAAAUGGAAAGAAGAAUAAAGUGAUAGGGGUUUGCCAACUUGUUAAUAAGAUGGAGGAGAAUACUGGCAAGGUUAAGCCUUUCAACCGAAAUGAUGAACAGUUUCUGGAGGCUUUUGUCAUCUUUUGUGGCUUGGGGAUCCAGAACACACAGAUGUAUGAAGCGGUGGAGAGAGCCAUGGCCAAGCAAAUGGUCACACUGGAGGUUCUGUCAUAUCACGCUUCAGCAGCAGAAGAAGAAACAAGAGAGCUCCAAUCCUUAGCGGCUGCUGUGGUACCAUCUGCUCAGACGCUUAAAAUUACUGACUUCAGCUUCAGUGACUUUGAGCUGUCUGACCUAGAAACGGCACUGUGCACAAUUCGGAUGUUCACUGACCUCAACCUUGUGCAGAACUUCCAGAUGAAACAUGAGGUUCUUUGCAGGUGGAUUUUAAGUGUUAAGAAGAAUUAUCGGAAGAAUGUUGCUUAUCAUAAUUGGAGACACGCCUUUAAUACAGCUCAGUGCAUGUUUGCUGCUCUAAAAGCAGGCAAGAUUCAGAGCAAGUUGACUGACCUGGAGAUACUCGCCCUGCUGAUUGCUGCUCUGAGCCACGACUUGGACCACCGUGGUGUGAAUAACUCUUACAUACAGCGAAGUGAACACCCACUUGCUCAACUCUACUGCCAUUCAAUCAUGGAGCAUCAUCAUUUUGACCAGUGCCUGAUGAUUCUUAAUAGUCCAGGCAAUCAGAUCCUCAGUGGCCUCUCCAUUGAAGAAUAUAAGACCACGUUGAAAAUGAUCAAGCAAGCUAUUUUAGCUACAGACCUAGCACUGUACAUUAAGAGACGAGGAGAAUUUUUUGAACUUCUAAGAAAAAAUCAAUUCAACUUGGAAGAUCCUCAUCAAAAAGAGUUGUUUUUAGCGAUGCUGAUGACAGCUUGUGAUCUCUCUGCCAUUACCAAACCCUGGCCUAUUCAACAACGGAUAGCAGAACUUGUAGCGACUGAAUUUUUUGACCAGGGAGACAGAGAGAGAAAAGAACUCAACAUAGAGCCUGCUGAUCUAAUGAACAGGGAGAAGAAAAACAAAAUCCCAAGUAUGCAAGUUGGGUUCAUAGAUGCCAUCUGCUUGCAACUAUAUGAGGCCCUGACCCACGUAUCAGAGGACUGUUUCCCUUUGCUGGAUGGCUGCAGAAAGAACAGGCAAAAAUGGCAGGGUCUCGCAGAACAGCAGGAGAAAACACUGAUUAACGGAGAGAGCGGCCAGGCCAAGCGGAACUGAGCGGCCCGUUCACGCCGCGUUCAAGUUUACAGAUGGCACAUUCGGCAGUAUGUCUAGUUUUGCUAUACACUGUACAGAUUUAGUGUAUACUUUGCCACUGCUGUAUUUUUAUUUUUGCACAACUUUUAAGAGCACAGCAUGACAUGUUUUUAGGGGACUAUUACAUAUAUUCUGUAUAUUUGUUUUAUGCCACUGAUCUGAGAUUAUCAACUACACCCACUCACUCUUAGCACAUGGAUAAGAGCUCUGUUUGUGAUAUUUUGUGUACUGCAGAGUGCAAGUUAAAUUCUUGCUCUGAGGUGGUUUUUUUGUUGUUUUAUUUCAGGGGAGUUUGGGGGCUUUUGUUUUUUGUUUUUUUGCUUGGGGGUUUUAAAUAAUUGUUUUUGUGUUUUCUGAAUUACCAAUCCUUUAAAGAAUGUUUGGAAUCUUUUCAUUCUCCAAAAUAGUCUAGGAGCAAAUUGAAUGUAUUCUAGGAUUUUUAAAACCUUCAUAGGUUAGAAAAAAGGGCUAGCCUAGUGGAUUUUAAGGGGAUAGGAUAAUAUUUGUCAACAAUGUAUUACCUUCACAUAAAAAGUUAAAACUCUGAAACAAAUGGCAAGUACUGUAAGGCAGUAUUGCAAAGAAAAGGUAUUGUUUAAUUGAUUUGCUGUUUUUGUUAGUGAGCACAAAGGGGAGAACUCUUUCGUUUCGGUACAUACGUCUAUCCGAAGACUACCCAUAAAAUCAUUGCAAUCUAUCCUGUCUGAUGGAAAGCAGGAGAAACCUUAGGAGAAGACACUGAUUUCACGGACUUCAUGGUCAUGGACUUUACUGAGGGAUGGGUGUGAUCCAGAAAUGGAAUGGCCAUAUCUGUCUGUCAGUGAAGAGAAACAUUCUGUUGGUAGAUUCUUCUGAGAGUUGGUGUUUUGAAUAUUGAACUUCCUUUUUAAAAUAACUUCCUUUUCGUUUUUCUUACAAACCAUAGUUUAUAAGUGAACAGUUUAAGUCUCGACAGAAAACAGAAUAAAAGUGAUAAUUGGAGCAUUGACCUGAGGUGAGAUAUGACUGCAGAUAAAAGGUAAAAUGAAUCAUUAUUUUUCUUUGUCAAAGGAAGUAUAGAGAAUACUUUUAAUUGUAUAAACAGCAAAGGGCUAUCCUUGAUAUUGGGGUCAAAAAUUAAAUUGAGGGAGCAGAAAGUUUAGGCCUGAAUAAAACUUAGGAGUGUUGAGUUUGCAUCUGAGAAACUGCCGUAUUUCAAUUUAUAGGACUAGUCAACUCAGAAUCACAGAAGUUGGGGGGUGUGCACUAAAUGCUGACCCUGAGCUUAGAGUUGUUGAUACUUCUCAUAGCUUUUAGCACAUUUAGCACAAUGUUAACAUUGUCUUAGAUUUGAGCCCAUUUGAGUGGAUUCCCACUGAUCAUGUGUACCCUAAAUACACAUUUAUUCAUUAUUGGAGAAGCAGAUACUGAAUCAAGCAACUGGUUCAGGAAAGGAAAAUCUGUUCCAAACAUGUGGAAAUGUUUGGACUCAGGGAAAGUAGGAAGAGAGGUAUUUGUCUGAUUUGUUAACCACCAAAAAAAGCUUCUGAGUUUCAAUCACUAAAUUGGCUAGAAAAUCUCUUGGGGACAUGGUGCAGCAUCCUCAAAGAACUUUCACUAAACAUAUUGUUUCCCAUUCAUAUUCUUUUUUCUCUAAACUGCCUAAAAUUCAACAUAUUCAUUACAUUUUUAAAAUUCUGAGUGUGAAUCUUACAUAAUGUGAUUUUAUUCUUACCAUUCAGGUAAAAAAAAAAAAGCAAAACAAAUUGUAUUGUCAUCACUUUAUAGUGGUAAAGGCUAGUCUAGGAAGUUACCAACUGUUUGUUGUUAUAUGUAUAAUUGUUGUAAUACUUGUAUUUUCAGGAUGUUACUCGAUUUUUAUUUGAUGUCAUAUAGGUGAGAUCUAUAAAGUUGCCUCUUGGUGGCACUGGUGUGUAAUUACACAGGCUGUCACUAAAAUAACAUAUCUAUAUACUGGUAUACACUUAUGCAUGCAUACAUAAUUCCUUAGUAUAGAAAAAUUGUUUCAAGAAUAGCAGUCUUUAGUAACCUUAUUAUCAUACACCUUGUGAUUUAGCAGUUAUGCUAAAAUCUGUAAUCAUAUACUUUAGUAGUUUGUUUAGACCCAUCUAAUAUGUCACUGAGAUAUAUGGAGGUUUUGUAUGUGUGUCAUUUUAACAAGCAAGAAGAUCUAUGUAGAUUAGAAAUUGUUUGGUUUACCUUUAGAUAAUGGUUUAUUUUACUUUUCUAGUUUAACGAUUAAAAGAAGUUGGGUAGCGCCAUGCCUAUUCUAUUGUUGCAAGUUUUAGUUCUUAUAGAAGAAGAGUACUUCUUUAAGACCAGUUAGUUGGUUCAAAUAAUUUUUACUUUUUAGGAAAAUCAUUCCAUACAUAGAUUAUCUGGUACAUGGGCACAAAUCGAAGCUUUUGUUCUUAUGUGAAUAUUAUUUUUCAGUAUCUUCCCAAGUUGGAAAAAGUAUAUUUAUAGUCCUUCCU